GGCAGGAAUGGCUCCCGGAGCCUUCGGCCUCGGCCCCGUGCUCCUCCUCCUCCUCCUCCUCAUCCUCGGCCCGGCCCCGGCGCGGGCAGCGAACGGGCAGGAGCUUCCCGAGGAGGACGAGUCGCGCAUCAUCGGGGGCCGGCCCUGCUCCGUGGCCCAGCGCCCGUUCCAGGUGGCGCUGAUCAAACGGGGGCAGAUCCUGUGCGGGGGGAGCCUCGUGGGGGCGCAAUGGGUGCUGACGGCGGCGCACUGCAAACAGCCGGUCAGGGACCUGCAGGUGCUGAUCGGCACCAACACACUGCGGGCAGGUACAGGCCAGGGACCUACAGGUGCUGAUCGGCACCAACACGCUGUGGGCAGGGAUCUCCAGGUGCUGAUCGGCACCACCACGCUGCGGGCAGGUACGGGCCAGGGAUCUCCAGGUGCUGAUCGGCACCAACAUGCUGCGGGCAGGGACCUGCAGGUGCUGAUCGGCACCAACACGCUGCGGGCAGGUACGGGCCAGGUGCGCCGCAUCUCGCGCCUCCAGGUGCACCCUGGCUACAACCCCCGGCGCAACGACAACGACUUCAUGCUGCUGCACCUGGACGCACCUGUGCGCUUCGGGCCCCGCGUCAAGAAAAUCCGCCUGGCCACCAGGUGUCCCCGGGCGGGGCAGAACUGCAGCAUCAGCGGGUGGGGCACCACCAAAUCACCUGGAGCCAAGCUGCCGCGGGACCUGCAGUGCGCGCAGGUGCAGACCUUCGGGCCGCAGCAGUGCGCCCGCGCCUACGGCAACGCCGUCACCCGCAACAUGUUCUGCGCAGGUGUGCCCCAGGGCGGCGUCGACUCCUGCCAGGGUGACUCAGGUGGGCCCCUGGUGUGCGGGGGGUACCUGCAGGGCGUGGUCUCCUGGGGCCUGGCCGUGUGCGGUCAGCGCGGGAACCCCGGCGUGUACAGCAACGUCUGCCGCGCCACGCCCUGGAUACGGCGCGUCAUCGGCACUGACCAAUGA